AUGUUUCGAAGAUCUUCAGUAAUAUUUGCGGCAUCUCUGGCAUUGCUAUCUACACUUGACUCUGCUACAUGUUUCGCUGCCGCUGCACCUGCGCAGCCACGGGAAGACUUGGAAAGGCCUCGAUUUUUGAAGAAGGAGAUCAAGCGUUUCGUUUUUACCAAUACGACAACGUGGAAAGAUGGACCUCCUCGCGAAGCUUCAACUUCUAAUCUCGAAGCCUUGCUCGAAGCCCUUACUUCGUCGUCCUCUCAAGACCUUACGGCAGAUCCAACGCCUACUUCAGCCACUCCAACCAUUACGACUACACCCGGUGUCACAUCAUCUGACAAUGGACAAUUAUCGUCGGAUAUAUCGCUGUCUUCGGCUGGAGACCAUGAGCAUGAUCGCGAGGCAUUCUUGGCUGUUCACCCAUCUACAACGAAUUCGCCUGUCUCCUCGGUACCGUUACCGUCAUCGAGUCCAAACGACGGCGAGGGAGCAACAACACAAAGCAGCGUCGUUCCAGGAGGCGACUUUCAUGGAGCCACUACGUCGAGCCAGUCCCCGCCGUCAUCGAGCGCAAGUAAUUCGGAUCAACUCACUGGGAAGGAGGGUUUGUCGCAAGCAACCCAUUCAUCCAUAGUCCAGCAGCCUGGGAAUGGCGUGACCUCCUCCCAGCUGGGUUCCACCACACAGCUCGAGACCAGUGCAUCUCCCUCCAGUGCUGCUUUGCCGAGUUCGCAUGAAAACCCACAAGCUGCGAGUACUUUAGGCUCGCGGACGCCACCUAGCACUGGGCAGCAGACGAGCACUCCAGGAACCGAUGCGCCCCAAUCGAGCUUAUCAUCCGAAGGCGCCGGAACCCCACUUGCAACUACCUUAAUUGUGGGUUCAACGUCAACUGUACUUGCUGCUACGGCUACUGGAAGCCCUGAAAGCCUUCCUGUGACUACUGUAGGAGCGGGGUCUUCAGCGGUUCUUCCUCCUGCUGGGACGACGAUUGAAACUACGACUACCGUUGGAAUCCCUCCCGCGGCUACUUCAGCAGGGGGUUCGUUGGCAGCUGUGCCUGGAGAGACCAUCAAGACCUCCAAGGACAAUGGCGAUCACUCGCCUCCUGGUGGGGAAGCCACCUCCGGAACCUCGGCGCCAAAUACCAGUGAAGCAGGUGCAGCAACUACACAUGCCGCCCAGCCAGCGUCUUCGCCCUUCGCUCCGCAGUCUGUGGCUGUUCCGGUUACAGGAACAUAUUCAGGCUCUGAAACAGCUCACGUCACCGCUGGUUCAGGGGAUACCCAGCCUACACCAACCCCUGGAUCGGGAGCAGGACCAACCUCGCAAAAUGGUGCAAUCUUAGGUACUUCGGCGUCGCUGGCGCUCCAAUCCAAUCCAGUUCAUGCCAUUUCUCACGUUGGGGGAUCACCGCCUCAAACGACGCUAGCCGAUGGUUCAGUUGUGCCAAGCACAGCGCAGAUCACUGGAGCAGCGAAGGGCACUGCGACACCACUGGAAACUCCACCAGCUUCCGUUUCCUCUCCGGGCGGAGAGCAAAGUUCAAGCCCAACCCUGAAUGCAGGAGCGACGGAAGCAGCUUCUGUUGUAAAUCCAGCGUUGACAGCAGCUGCAUCAAAGUUGAAUGGCAUUCCAGCUUCAGUUGAAAAUCCAUUGGCAACUGUUUCGGGAAAUCCUCCGUUGGUAUUCAACCCAACCCUGACAGCAGCAGCGUCUGUCCUGGGCGCACUUCCAGUUUCUAUACAGAACCCAGAACACCAGGUCUCGCUCGCGGGCUCACCAAAAUCAGCUUCGCUGGUGAUUCCAGAAAGCUCAAAUACGGCUGGAGGGGUCCCCCCAAAUACAGCAGGUGCGACAGGUUCCCCAAUUGGAACAGGGUCUCCAGUGGGCGGAACAGCAUCACCAGUUGGCGGAACAGGAACAGCAUCACCAGUUGGCGGAACAGCAUCACCAGUUGAAGCGACAAGCUCACCAGUUGGGGUAACAGGCUCUCCACUAAGCGGAACGGCAUCACCAAUUGGCGGAACAGCAUCACCAGUUGAAGCGACAGGCUCACCAGUUGGGGUAACAGGCUCUCCACUAAGCGGAACGGCAUCACCAAUUGGCGGAACAACAUCACCAGUUGGGGUAACAGCCUCUCCAGUGAGCGGAACAGCCUCUCCAGUGGGCGGAACAGCCUCUCCAGUGGGCGGAACAGCCUCUCCAGUGGGCGGAACAGCCUCUCCAGUGGGCGGAACAGCAUCACCAGUGGGCGGAACAGCCUCUCCAGUGGGCGGAACAGCCUCUCCAGUGGGCGGAACAGCCUCUCCAGUGGGCGGAACAGCCUCUCCAGUGGGCGGAAUAGCCUCUUCAGUGGGCGGAACAGCCUCUCCAGUGGGCGGAACAGCAUCACCAGUUCGGGCAACAGCCUCUCCAGUGGGCGGAACAGCCUCUCCAGUGGGCGGAACAGCCUCUCCAGUGGGCGGAACAGCAUCACCAAUUGGAGCAACAGGCUCUUUAGCUGGCGAAACUGGGUCACCAGUCGGUGUCACAGGAUCACCAGUAGCGAUAAGUUCGCCCGCGGGCGGAACAGGAUCACCAAUUGCCACAGGGUCACCAGUGGGCGAAACAGGAUCGCCGUUUGGAACAGGAUCACCACACGCGUCUGGAGAACCUCUAGGCCAAAGUUCUGGAGGAUUGGCACUACCAUCAGGGGUUAUACAUCAAAAUCCUCAGCACACAGCACCAGGGCCGAUGACUGCUUCGUAUGGAGGAGUAAUACCUGGAACUCCAACCCCUACGCCUCAAUCAGCAACGCCGGAGUCUGGGAUUGCCGGAUACUCAACGCAAUCCAAUGGAAACGUGGUGCCCAUUUCGGCGGCAGCUGGCACAGGUUCUACAGUGUCCAAUGGUCAAAUUGUGCCAGUCGCUACAGGUAAUGAAGCUUCUGCACAGUCACCUGGGCCCAAUGAGACUGGUCCAGUUGCUUCGAGUAACGCAGUAGAAAGCGCAGCUGCUGCUACUGAGAACGCUGCUCCUCCAGGACCGACUGCGAUGCCCGUUAUUCCUCCACAUCAAGAGUUUUCCGGUAAAGGACCCUAUACCCAGUCACCAGUUGGUUAUGAUACCUCGACUACACAAUCUGUUCCCACGAACAUCAUUCACGGACCAUCCUCGAUGCCGUCUUCGACUCAAGGCCAUUCUUUCGGACCUUCCAGCCUUCCUUCCAACGUCCCCCUAAUUCUGUACCAAAAUGGUGGCCCUGGCUCGCAACCUCCUAACACAAGAUUAAUCAAUAUUGCCUUCCGAUUUCCGCUCAACUACCUAUUCGUGUACAACCACCCUAUAUCGUCGGAGCAGAUGUUCCAUUACGUCCCCUUGGGCAUUUGCUAUGGUCUCGAAAUCGACAUUACGCAGAUAACCAUGCAAAGUCUGCGAGCUUGGGACACAUACGCGGACGUUGGUUAUUUCACUACCCUAGCUAUAGCCUUUGUCCCUGAUGGUCUCGUGGACAAUCUUGCACUUCUGGUCUCCACAUCGGCCUCCAGGUUCUACCGCAACCCUGACAAUAGCACGGCAUUCCUCCUCUCCAUGAUCGAUAGCGCAAUACCCAUCAUCGGCAGCAAUGGAACCGACGGUGCAUCCGCACCCUUCGGCAAUAUACCAACGGACACCAGCUCCCCAAAGAACGCUGGUGCUCCCAUUGGUGGUGACAUUGGCAACUCAGAACACGUCAGAGCAUCCUCCGUGGGCAUCGGCGUCGGUGUCGCUUGCGGUGCAGCAGCUUACGGUGCAGCCAUGUUCUUCGUCGCCAGGCGAUACAAGAAGAGGAGACAAUCACACACGCGGUCACCAAGCAUGUUCAGCUCGCCAGUGCUUUCGCACGCUGGGCCCGACGCAGGCGCCGGUGCGGCGCUGAUGAGUGGAGCCAUGGGGGAGAGGAGCGCGAGUCCCUAUUACGAUAAUGACGGCAGAGCUGGAAGCAGAGGGAGUGGCAGGAGUGGGAGCAGCAGGCAUCAGAUCAGUGCGCCAGUCAUGGCGGAGAACAGUCUGGGCUGGAACUGA